AUGGCCAAGAAUCGCGUCAAGAAGAGCUCCAAGAGCAAGAGCGCAAAGAAGCCUGGCAUCCCCCCCAAGGCUUUGCCUGUGACACUUCUCUCCGGUUUCUUGGGCUCUGGAAAGACGACUCUCCUCAAGCACAUCCUCCGCAGUGAACAUGGUCUUCGCAUCGCCGUCGUCGUGAACGACAUUGGAGCCAUCAACGUCGAUGCCUCCCUCAUCAAGAAGACCCACCACCUCUCCAAGACCCAAGAAAAGGUCAUCGCCCUCCAGAACGGAUGCAUCUGCUGCACCCUCCGCGGCGACUUGCUCGAGGAGCUCGUCCGUCUUGCCCAGCUGCAGGAGUUUGACUACAUAAUCAUCGAGAGCAGUGGUAUCAGUGAGCCUGAGCAGGUUGCUGAGACGUUUGACUCUCGGCUUGCGGAGCAGAUGGAUGCUAUGGGGUCGUUGGAGGGUGCUCCUGGUCUGGAUGAUGACAUGCUCAAGGUUCUUCGACAGCUUAAGGCCGCUGGCGGUCUGGAGAAGUUUGCUCGCCUCGACACGACUGUCACUGUCAUUGAUGCCUUCACCAUGCUGCACGACUUUGACACAGAGGAUCUGCUCUCGUCUCGUCGUGAUGACGUGACGCCCGAGGAUGAGCGAACCGUCUCCGACCUCAUGGUUGAUCAGAUCGAGUUUGCCGAUGUCAUCAUCCUCAACAAGGUCGACAUGAUCGACGCCAAGACCAAGCCUCGCCUGCUCGACCUCAUCGGCAAGCUCAACCAUCGCGCCAAGAUCCUCGAAUCCAGCUACGGCAAGGUCGACGUCAAGCAGAUCGUCAACACGGGCAUGUUCAACCUCCAAGUCGCCCAGUCCGGCUACGGCUGGCUCCAGGAUCUCCACGAUAUGACUGUCCGAGAGGUCAACGGUCGCAACGUGCUCACCCCCAAGCCCGAGACGGAGGAGUACUCUGUCCGCAGCUGCAUUUACACUCGCCGUCGGCCUUUUCAUCCCAGGCGCCUUUGGGCGCUGGUGUAUGAUAAGUUUAUCUUGCAGUUGGAGCACCCUGAGGAGGAGGGUGAUGAAGAAGACGAUGAGGAGGAUGAAGAAGAUCUUGAGAUGAUUGACUACCAAGACGUAGAGGAUGAUGAGGUUGUCGAUGCUGACCAGGAUGCUGAAGACUCUUCCUCCUCCAAGGGCAAGCGCUCUAUCCCCUCCUCUCCUCAGAGCUCCCACUCCACUGUCCAAACAGUCCCCUCCGUCGAUGGCCCCUCCAAGAAGCAAAAGCUCGAUGAGGAUGAUGCCAUGCUCGACUCUGAGGAACUCUUCACACCCGAAAACCCCGUCAUUCUCGCCAACAAGCGCAAGCACCCGAUCUUUGCGCGUCUCUUCCGCUCCAAGGGAGAAUUCUUCCUUGCUACCCGACCUCAGCGUGCUGGAGAGUGGUCUCAGGCUGGUGCCAUGCUCACGCUUACCGGUGGCCGUCCUUGGUUCUGUACCAUCCCUCCUGAGGAGUACACUACUGGUGAUGAAGAGGUUGAUAGCCUUGUUCAGCAUGACAUCAAGAAGGGUGGCGAGUGGGGAGACCGUCGUCAGGAGCUUGUCUUCAUCGGCGAGAACCUAAAUCACAAGGGUCUUGAGAAGCUUCUGGAUGAGUGUCUCCUGACUGAUGAGGAGUACGGCAAGUGGGAAGCCGUGAUGCGCAACGACAAGCUGGACGACGAGAAGAAGCGUGAGGCCCUGGAGGACCUGUUUGAGGAUGGUUUCCCUGACUGGCCCGAGGAUGACGAAGACGAUGAGGAUCAUGAGGGACAUGAUCAUGCUCACCCUCAUGGGCUUCGGUCGAUCAAGAAGCAUCUGCAGGAAGUGGACUAA